AUGUAUGUGGAGAAGAAAGAGGCAUUGAAGAGAUGGUUCUUAUGGAAUAAGCAACGUGUGUCCAUCACUACUGAUAUACGAGUUUUCCAAACAACAGGUGCUAGUUACAUGGUGACCACAGUGCACUACGUUGAUGCUUUGUGGCGCUUGAAAAAACUGAUCAUAGGCUUCAAGCACAUCAUGGAUCACAAAAGAAUUGAGAAGGUCUUUCGUAUUACUGUUGACAAUGCUAUUGUGAAUAGUGCUGCGUUAAGGAAGUUUCAUACUGCAUUUGCCUUAGUGUCUGAGCAGUCUCUUGUCUUAGAUGGUGAUUUCUUGCACAUGAGGUGUAGUGCUCACAUAAUAAAUUUGAUUGUGAGGGAUGGAAUGGCAGAGAUAGACCAGAAUGUGGCUACUAUCCGCAAAGCUAUUGUCUAUGUCAGAUCACAUACAAAUAGGCUGAGGUCUUUUGAGCUAAAGGUGGACUCAGGUAAGAUCACAAGAGGAAGCUUGCCUUUGGACAUCAAGACAAGGUGGAAUUCAACGUAUCUGAUGUUGACAACAGCGUUGAAAUUCAAGGUAACAUUCGACAAGAUGGAGGCAGAAGACAAGUUGUACAACGACUACUUCAGUGAGUUAGAGAAUGGUUCUACAUGGGUUGGUCCUCCUCAUCAUAUGGAUUGGGCUGCAGUCGAGAAAUUGUGUCGGUUUCUUGUCAUAUUUUACAACUCAACACUGGUGGUAUCAGCCUCAACUUAUCUCAAUGCACAUAAGUGUUAUGGCGAGAUAGUAACCAUUGCAACAAAUCUGAUGGCACUCAUCGACAGCUAUGAUUCUGAGUUGAAGUCGAAGGCAACAGAAAUGUUCAAAAAGUUCGACAAGUAUUUGGAUGGUCUCAAGAACUUGAACAAGAUGCUGAUGGUUGCGACUGUCUUUGAUCCCACCAAGAAGUUGGAGCUUGCGAAGAUGUUCUUUGAGGAAUUGUAUGGGCUAGAAAUUGUCGAAUACAAGGAGGUGUACGAGUCCUUGAUUACUGUCUUGAGAAGUCUGUUCAAAGAAUACAAGAAUACAGUGUAA